GCGGAGUCGGACCCUGAUCUCUGGCCGUGACUGUCCGCCGGGAUGAACCUGGAGCUGUUGGAGUCCUUUGGACAGAACUAUCCAGAGGAGGCUGAUGGAACUUUGGAUUGCAUCAGUAUGGCCCUGACCUGCACUUUUAACAGAUGGGGCACAUUGCUUGCUGUUGGCUGUAAUGAUGGCCGAAUCGUCAUCUGGGAUUUCUUGACAAGAGGCAUUGCUAAAAUAAUUAGUGCCCAUAUUCAUCCUGUCUGUUCUUUAUGCUGGAGUCGAGAUGGUCACAAGCUUGUGAGUGCAUCAACUGAUAACAUAGUGUCACAGUGGGAUGUCUUAUCUGGGGACUGUGAUCAGAGGUUUCGAUUCCCUUCACCUAUUCUGAAAGUCCAGUAUCAUCCCCGAGAUCAGAACAAAGUUCUUGUAUGUCCCAUGAAAUCAGCUCCUGUCAUGUUGACCCUUUCUGAUUCCAAACAUGUCGUCUUGCCAGUAGAUGAUGAUUCAGAUCUGAAUGUGGUUGCGUCUUUUGAUAGGCGAGGGGAAUAUAUUUAUACAGGGAAUGCGAAGGGAAAGAUCUUGGUCCUAAAAACAGAUACCCAGGAUCUAGUUGCUUCUUUCAGAGUAACAACUGGAACCAGCAAUACCACAGCUAUAAAAUCAAUAGAGUUUGCUCGGAAGGGGAGUUGUUUUUUAAUAAAUACAGCAGAUCGAAUAAUCCGAGUGUAUGAUGGGAGGGAAAUUUUAACCUGUGGCAGAGAUGGAGAACCAGAACCCAUGCAAAAAUUGCAGGAUUUGGUAAACAGGACACCUUGGAAGAAAUGUUGUUUUUCUGGAGAUGGGGAAUACAUAGUUGCAGGCUCUGCCCGACAGCAUGCCCUGUAUAUCUGGGAGAAGAGUAUUGGUAACUUGGUGAAGAUUCUUCAUGGGACCAGAGGAGAACUUCUAUUGGAUGUAGCUUGGCAUCCUGUCAGACCUAUCAUAGCAUCCAUUUCUAGUGGAGUGGUAUCUAUUUGGGCACAAAAUCAAGUGGAAAACUGGAGUGCAUUCGCCCCAGACUUUAAGGAACUGGAUGAGAAUGUGGAGUAUGAGGAAAGGGAGUCAGAGUUUGACAUUGAGGAUGAAGAUAAGAGUGAACCCGAACAAACAGGUGCUGAUGCUGCAGAAGAUGAAGAAGUAGAUGUCACUAGUGUAGAUCCUAUAGCUGCCUUUUGUAGCAGUGAUGAGGAACUAGAAGAUUCAAAGGCCUUGUUAUACUUACCCAUUGCCCCCGAGGUAGAAGACCCAGAGGAAAACCCUUACGGACCCCCACCUGAUGCAGUCCAAACCUCAUUGAUGGAAGAAGGAGCUGGUUCAGAGAAGAAGAGACAGUCUUCAGCAGAUGGGCCCCAGCCACCAAAGAAGAAAACCAAAACCACCAACAUUGAGCUACAAGGAGUACCUAAUGAUGAAGUCCAUCCGCUACUGGGGGUGAAGGGGGAUGGCAAAUCGAAGAAGAAGCAAGCAGGCCGGCCUAAAGGAUCAAAAGGUAAAGAGAAAGAUUCUCCAUUUAAACCGAAACUCUACAAAGGGGACAGAGGUUUACCUCUGGAAGGAGCAGCGAAGGGUAGAGUGCAGGCGGAGCCCAGCCAGCCCUUGACAGCAGGGGGAGCCAUCUCAGAGCUGUUAUGAAGACGACCUUGAGAGUUCUCCAUUCUUUCCCACUCUGCGGGGUGCAGCCUCGGACAUUGUGCUUGGACAGAUGAGACUGACUUUCAUUUAAAACCAAGACCUCCACCUGUCUCAGCAGGUGGAAGGAGGCGUGAUGCUUAUUUUUGAAUGAUGUGAAUUAUGAAAAAACAAGUCAACCUCCCCAACCCUCCCUCUCAAAGCAUAAUUCCAAAUAGACUCAGGAAAAGAGGACUUACAAAGACAUUACCAGGACUCCUGACUCAUUUAAACGGAAUGCUUCUCUGCUGUGUUAUGUUGCUGGAACAACACCUACAUUUUCUUUGUAUGACCUUUCUUAACUAAGCAUCACUUAGACCUGCCCUUUCGUAUCUCCUGCUCCUUCUCAUCCCUUAGCACAUGUCCUGGAGUGAAUUGUUCUUCUGGGUAACUUUUCCUCUCCCUGCUAUUGUCUCAUAGAAAAGGAUCUGUUGCGUACCUCUUUCUUUUCUCUCCUUCCUUCCCUAACCCUGCCAUAUGUAAGGCCUGUAUUCCAUGUUUCAUCAUUCUUUUUAAGAACAGGCAAGAAAAUGAAGUGCUUAUAUUCUGAAAAGCUCAGGAAAAUGUAGAGCCAUCAGAAAGGGAAGACAUAGAUAAGAAACCCAAUUCGACUAUCAUAUAACCUUAUCCCCACGAGGUUGGGAUAUAAAAUGUUCUUUUUUCUUUAAACUUUUUUUUUUUUCCAUUUUAGCCUUCAGCAUCAAAUUAAUCUCUCUUAAAUCAUGUUUCUGAAGACAGGUGGUUUCACUUGUUCCAGGCAAAGUAGCACAUGAGUGAUUUUUUUUUUUUUUUGGCUGCCAUGUGUAAACUACUAGAGAAGAAAUCAAACAAAGGUGUCUCUGGGUCUUCUUUUAUGACAGAGUAUCUAUGCAAGGUCUAGAAUAGAGUUGUCCAAAAUCAGAUGCAGCAACAGAGUUCAAAUCAAAGAUCAAAGUGAAAUUUUUUUCAUCACUGUCCAUGGAUUUGCACUUCCCUCAAAACAUCGAUGUUGCCCCCACCCGUGUCUUGUGUUGUGAGCAGUUUUAGUCUCCUCCUUACAGUUCCUCUAGUAAUAUUUUCUUUUGGUCACUUCCUUUCUGUGAAAGGCUGCUCAGUUGUCUUGCCUUCUUCCCCACCAUUCACCAAACAAGAGUGGCAGAUUGAAUGUGCGUGCACAUGGGAAGCUUUUGGAUUUAAAAAAAUUGCCCAGGAUUCUUUCACUUCCAUUGCUUGGUCCUUCAUGAACCCAUGUAGCUCAUCAUCUCGACUUUUCUGUUUAUGUUUUCUUGCUGAUUGUUUCAAAAGUUUGUUUUAGGGAAGCAAAAAUGUGGAAUGGGGAUCCACAGCCCUGGGUGCAGUAUUGCCUAUCUGUAUCUAUUUUAAUUUGAAGGUAGUGUUUUCUCUUAACUUCUUGAGGAAAGCUUUAGGACAGUUUAUACUAUAUAUAGCAUGAGGAACCCACCUGAUCCAGGAGAGAAUCCUAGAAAGAGAUGAACCUGGUUACUCUGUAGGAUGUUUGGGGAAUAGUAGGAGAAGCAAAAAAUGAAAGAGCCUUUCCUCCCAUUUCACUUGUUCAUGUGAGAAAGGUCCAUUUCUCAAGGUCUGUCACAAAAAGUCCACAUUCUUUGAUGUAAUGAUUCUUUCCAGAAACCCUUGUUACCCAGACUCUUAAUAUGAGUUACUCAGUAGUAGAAGUACCUGGGUGGAUUACUGGACAUGUUUCUGUUUACAUCAUUAGGAACACUGUUGUUACUUCAGAUUGAAUUCUGUAUUAAUCUGCCAAUUUACAGAAAUGUUUUUUUACUCUUGUCACCAUUUACUGUGUAAAUUGAAUUUCCUUGCCUGGGUCCUUGGAUAUUGAGCUGUUCCCCUGCCUCGGUCCCCCCCAAAUUUGAGUACCCAUCUAAGCUCCUUCAAGUUGACCCUUGACAACAUCUUGCAGGAUUUGUUUUGGGGACUCUGACAUUUUUUUCCACUCUUCAAACCUGUUGUUCAUUUCAGUUGACCGCUUCUCCAUUUGUACAGUG